GCCUCCACGGAACAUCUGGAAGUUGUUUCCAUCAUGGCAGAACUCAAGGUGGAGACACGGGCUAGCGUGGACUGGCAGAAGCGCUGCCUGGCCCUGGAAACCCAGCUGUUCCGGUUCCGCCUACAAGCCAGCAAGAUAAGGGAACUGCUGGCUGACAAGAUGCAGGAGUUGGAGCAGAGGCUGCUGGAUGCAGAACAGAGAGCAGAAAACGCGGAGACCCAGAUGGGUGUGAUGGAGGAAAAGGUGAAACUGUCCAAUAUGAAGAAUCUGGAGGCCACAGGCAGCCUGCCCCGCAAGUACCAGGAGUUGCUGCAAGUCCUGCAGUGCAAGGAUGAGCUCAUCCGCCGGCUGGAGGCCCAGCUGGAGGCGCAGAAGCAAAUGAGAGCUGAGGAAGCAAAGACCGUUCAAGAAAAAGCUGCCAAGAUCAAGGAGUGGGUGACAUUGAAGCUAGCAGAGCUGGAGAUGGAGAAUCAACAGCUGAAAAGCUGUAAUCAGCACCUGGCGGAGCAGGUGGGAGCCCUUCAGGAUGCACUGGAGGCUCUUCGGAUGACGCCUUCAGGGAAGCUUCUGGUGUCUUCCCAGGAAACCCCAGAGAAGGAGUGUGCCCCUUCUGGGCCAGGUGCCCAGCCUGUGCCUCAGGACAGUGGCUCCCAGGCUCAGGGCUUCAAGGCAUCUGUGCCUGCAGCCUCUCCUGGUGCCCUGCAGAGCAAAGACCUUGUUUGUGAAGCACAAAGCCCUUUGGAGGAUUCUAGUUCCAGUGUGACCCCAUGUGGGAAAACAGCAGAGGCCCAGUUGCUUCAACCCCAUCUGGGAAGAGAGGGCUCACCCAGCCGGCUGGGUGUGAAGCCUCACGCCCCCAGAUGUGGUUCAGCCCCCUGGGGUGAGGGUCUGGUCCCUGCCCAAGGAGGAAUGCUCCCUGUGACCAAGACCUAUGUCAAGGCAGGGGGUCCUGGCAGCAGCCUGACCCUCCCCAAGGCACGGGCUCCCAGCACCCCCCGGGACAGCAUCCAGCUGGCCAAGCGGCACCACAGUCAACCCCAAGUGGGCCCUGGGCACUUGGAUCAAGUGGUGAGCAUUGAGAUUGGGACUCUCUCGGUCCUCUACCCUGCGGGCCUUCCCAAGCUGAAGGCUGCAGCUCAGAUCUCGGAAGAACCAGAGAAGAUGGAGAUGGAGGAGCCACCUGCAGCGAGGAAGAAGGAAGACAGGGAGAGCCCCAAGGCCUCUGGAGCUGGGCAGGAGGAAGCAGAACUGGGGUGCAAGCCUCCCACACCGCCCCUGCACCGGUUUCCAUCCUGGGAGAGCCGGAUCUACGCCGUGGCCACAUCGGGCAUGCGGCUGUCAGAUGCAUCUUCCAGAAGUAGUGCUGCCUGCUGUGCUUCAAGCCCUCCUGCCCUCGCCUCUCCUGGACCAUUCUCUGGCCUUGUCUACAAGAAUGUCACCGUGCCUGUCUACACAGCUCUGAAGGGGAGAGCCACGCAGAUCAGCAACGUGCCCUUCGUGGACGAGUCCUCCGGCUCUGACGAUGACUGCAGCUCUCAGGCCAGUUUCCGGACGUCAGUGCCCUGCUCUGAGUCCCGCAAGGCCAGUGGCCUGGGCAGCCCCCGAGCCAUCAAGAGAGGUGUGUCUGUGUCCUCUCUGAGCUCCGAGGGUGACUAUGCCAUCCCCCCUGAUGCCUGCUCCCUGGACAGUGACUACUCAGAACCUGAGCACAAACUGCAGCGCACCUCGUCCUACUCCCCAGACGGGCUGGGCCCAGGCGCGGAGUCACUGGAGAAGUCGGGGUACCUGCUGAAGAUGGGGAGCCGUGUGAAGACAUGGAAGAGGCGCUGGUUUGUCCUGAGACAGGGACAGAUCAUGUACUACAAGUCCCCGAGUGAUGUCAUCCGGAAACCGCAAGGUCAAGUGGAUCUCAACUCCCACUGCCAAAUUAUUCGAGGAGAGGGGUCACAGACGUUCCAGCUCAUCUCCGAGAAGAAGACCUACUACCUGACAGCCGACUCGCCCAGCCUGCUGGAGGAGUGGAUCCGUGUGCUACAGAGUCUCCUGAAGGUGCAGGCCACAGGGCCUCCCGCCACGCCUCAGGGUGGCACCAAGCCCACCGUGAAGGGCUGGCUGACCAAGGUAAAGCAUGGCCACUCCAAGCUCGUCUGGUGUGCUCUUGUUGGGAAAACCUUCUACUACUAUCGGAGCCACGAAGACAAGCGCCCCCUAGGCCGGCUGCCUGUGCGGGAUGCGCGCAUCGAGGAAGUGGACCGCUCCUGUGACUCUGAUGAGGACUACGAGGCUGGAGGGACUGGCCGGCUGCUUUCUUCCCACUGCACGUUGGUGAUCCACCCGCCUGAGCACAGCCCUACCUAUCUCCUCAUUGGCACCAAGCAUGAGAAGGACACGUGGCUUUACCACCUCACGGUGGCUGCAGGUGGCAGCAGCGCCAAGGUGGGCACUGCCUAUGAACAGCUCAUUGGAAAACUGAUGGACGGCGAGGGGGACCCAGACUCCCCUCUCUGGAAGCACCCCACACUGUGCUACACCAGACAUGGGCUGGCGGCCUCCCUCACCACUCUGCCCUCCGAGGCCCUGCAGACUGAGGCCCUCAAACUCUUCAAGUCCUGCCAGCUCUUCAUCAACGUGCCUGUGGAAGCUGCCUCCGUGGACUACCACGUAUCCCUGGCGCAGACGGCCCUGCAGGUCUGCCUGGUGCACCCCGAGCUGCAGAGUGAGAUCUACUGCCAGCUCAUGAAGCAGACCAGCUGCCGCCCCCCUCAGAAGUACUCUCUUGUGCAGUGCUGGCAGCUCCUGGCUCUGUGUGCCCCACUUUUCCUGCCCCAGCACCACUUCCUCUGGUACGUCAAACAGCAGCUGCAGCGCCACGCAGACCCCAGGAGUGAGACCGGCCAGUAUGCCACCUACUGCCAGCGGGCAGUGGAGAGGACCCUGCAGGCUGGGGAGCGGGAAGCCAGGCCGUCGCGCAUGGAAGUGGUGUCCAUCCUGCUACGCAACCCCUUCCACCACUCUCUGCCGUUCAGCAUCCCCGUGCACUUGGCCAAUGGGACGUACCAGGUGGUCGGCUUCGACGGCUCCUCCACUGUGGAUGAGUUCCUCCAGCGCCUCAACCAGGAGACGGGCAUGCGCAGGUCAUCCCACUCUGGCUUCGCCCUCUUCACGGACGAUCCUUCUGGCCGGGACCUGGAGCACUGCCUGCAGGGGAGCAUCAAGAUCUGUGACGCCAUCUCCAAGUGGGAACAAGCCCUGAAGGAGCUGCACCCUGGCAAGACUGAGGGUGGAACCCGCGUCGUGAAGCUUAUGUACAAGAACAGGCUGUACUUCCGGAGUCAAGUCAAAGGCGAAACAGAACGAGAGAGGCUGCUGCUUGCUUGCCAGGCCAGUGGCGAGAUCGUGGCCGGCAGGUUUCCCGUCAACAAGGAACUGGCUCUUGAGAUGGCUGCCCUGAUGGCCCAGGUGGAGUACGGGGACCUGGAGAAGCCUGUCCUGCCAGGCCCUGGGGGCACACCCCCAGCCAAAGCCCAGCAUCUCCUCCAGCAGGUGCUGGACAGGUUCUACCCGCGGCGCUACAGACACGGGGCGCCCCCUGAGCAGCUGAGGCACCUGGCCGAUACGCUGAGCACAAAGUGGGCGGCCUUGCAAGGCUGCUCCCCUCCCGAGUGCAUCCGCAUCUACCUGACCGUGGCCCGGAAAUGGCCUUUCUUUGGUGCUAAGCUCUUUGCUGCUCAGCCUGCCCAGCUGUCGUCCAAGGAGAGCCCCUUCGUGUGGCUCGCUGUGAAUGAGGAUGGCGUCAGCAUCUUGGACCACAACACUAUGCAAGUGCACACCACGUACCCCUACGCUACAGUGACGACCUUUGGUGGCUGCAAGGAUGACUUCAUGCUUGUGAUCAGACCCAUUCCAGACCAGAGCUCUGGGAAAGGCCACGUCGAGAAGCUGAUCUUCCGGAUGGCCGCCCCCAAGAUUGCUGAAGCCACCCUCAUCAUGGCCAGCUACAUGAACCACCACGCCACCACUGUGACCCCUCCCACCCAGCCGCCUGCGGCCCCCCAGCCGUGGGAACUGGAUGGACGGCAGCUCUUUGCUUCUGUUCCUGGCGCCACCAAGGGGCCAACGCUGCUCUGAACAUUUCUCCCACACCUUCCCCACCAGUGGUGCCUGUGGAAUGAGACGUGUGUACCUCGGGUACACGACUGCUGCGAUGAGCCUCCCACCCUGUCCCCUCUGUGCUGUGAGCGGAGAAGCCUUUCCUCAAGUGCCUCAUUUAUCUCAGACCCUAGCUUUUCAAACUCUAAACCCAGUGUAAAAACACUUACUCCCGCACCCCCACUCUGAAGAAUACUAACUCUGGGUGCUGCGUGAACAUAGACCAGGAUAGGGACGGUCCACUGUUGGCCGGGGCUUCAGCACUGGCGUCACGACUUUGGGCACCGGUCCCCUCAGGGACGCUCAUCAUUUUUAUAUUGUAUAUGGUCCUUAUGGGGUGGGGAUUAGAGGGGUUUAUACUUGAAGUCUUCUAAACAUCCUUGAACAUCAUAGGGCUCAAAGCUACAGUUUGAACUCUGACGAAUGCCUUGAACUUGCUAAAACUGGACUUCCUUUCCCAAAUGGGUAAGGAUUAGCAGGAAUAUAGAAAACAACAUUUAGGCAAAAAACAAAGAAAAAAGCACUCCUUUUCCCCCUUUCCCACAAUGCCCCUCGUGGGUCGCAGCACCCGCCUUGGCAGGACGACUCGCUGUCCCUGCGCAGCGGGAAGCAUCUCUCCCCAGGCCCCCCGACCUGAGUGAGGACAGGGGCUGGCCAGGCCAGCCUCAUCGCACAGCCGGACUG